GUCGCCGGGCCCGGGUCCUCCAGAAAAAUGGCUGUCGCCUUGUUACGACGUGUUGUUUUCUCACCAAUUUCUAAUACACAAAAAUUAAGGGCAGCUUAUGCCACUGAAAAACGUAAAGGAUCCAAAGUAUGGCGGCCUUUAGAACUACCAGACCCCGGACGAGGAAGAGCCUUUCGACGAAUUGUGCACUUCAAAGACAAAUACACCGUCCAACCUCUUGAAGUAACAAAUCUCGCUGGCAGAGAUCCUGUAACAGGUAGAGUAGUUGCGAUGGGUAUUGGUGGAGGAAUAAAACACAAAUUUCACCAAAUAAAGUGGUUAAGAGACGGCCCAGCGGAAGGGCCCCCAAAGGAAGAAAAAGUGUUAGAGAUUAUCAAAGAUGGUUGUAGAACAGCAUUCGUGGCUCUCGUUGGCUCAGGUGACGAGCUGAAGUACUACAUAGCGACUGAAAAUAUGAAACCAGGUGACAUAAUUAAAACAUCUCGAGAAAUUCCUCGGAAUCCUGUCAGAGCAAAGGAAGGUGAUGCCUAUCCCUUAGGUGCCCUGAUGAUAGGAACGGUCGUCCACAAUAUUGAAAGGACUCCAGGAAAGGGUGCCACCUAUCUCCACGCUGCUGGUGCCAAGGGCACUAUUUUGCGAAAAGAUGGCGAUUAUCGGGUUGUCAUCAAGAUGCCAGGUAAAAGACAUACCGAGUUCAGUUUCUCUAAAAAUUGUUUGGCAGUUGUGGGCCAAGUCUCGAAUGCCAUUCACUGGAAGACCCCAAUCGGAAGCGCUCAGAAAAAUCGUGAAUUAGGAAAUCGUCCCAGAAGUGGCCUUUGGCAUCGGAAGGAAGGACGCCACGGUCGCAAAUUCAAGCCACCUCUAAAAAGACGCAUUUAUAUGUACAGGAAACGCAAAGCGAAUAAAGUUCAAUUCACUUUGAGUGGUAUGUAAAAGAGGUGUUUGUUUUAAACUCUUAAUAAGAGGAAGUCAAUAAUUUUAUAAGUUGUACAAAUAAUAAAUAAAAGGUAUAAAAUUA